AUGUCACAACAUUAUGGUGUGAACCAAAUAAUUCAAAAUAGUCCAACAACUCCUGAGGGAGAAAAAAGCAGUAACUUAACCCCACCCGAUGAUCCAAGGGUUCCACAACAAGGUAAUGAUGAUGUUGACGGUGUAGGUGAUGAUGAUGUUAUUGAAGCUCCCCACGGGAGCAACACUGUUGUCAGGGCAGAAAAAUGGGGUGCAAAAGAAGAUGAUGCGCUCGUUUCGGCUUGGGUAGAAUGUUCAGUUGAAGAUCCAGAGACGGCAACAGAUCAAAGUUUGGCCAUAAUGUGGAGGAACAUACAAUCCCUUUAUGAUCAAGCCAGAGAAGAAAAUCCAUCCACCAUGCGCCCUAGAACUUUAAGAUCUAUGAAAAGUCGGUGGGCAAGAAUAAAUAAAGAUGUGAGUACAUGGGUUGGUUGCUAUAGUGAAGCAAAAAAAAGGUAUAUGAGUGGUACCAACACUCAUGAUAAAAUGACCGAAGCUCAUGAAAUAUAUAGAAGGACGUGUAAUGGUUCACGCUUUGGUUUAAUUGGUUGUUGGGAGAUGUUGUGA